AGAUAGAUGAUGACAUGUGAUCGCCUGAGCCGGAAACCUAGCAACCGAGCGGCGGCGUCUGCGGCCUGAGUGAGACACUGGAGAGAGGGAGAGCGGGCGGCGGCGGCCGAGGACUCGGCAUCGUAGGCGUCCGGAAGCGCGUAUCCGCUCCCAGUGACCUCCGGACACUCUGCCAGCGGGGAUAACCUUGUUCUUGUUAUUACCCUGUGUUACCCGAGCUCUCCCUCCGGCCGCCCAGCCAUGUCUCUCCGCACGCUGCCGCUGCUCUUCAUCAACCUGGGAGGGGAGAUGCUGUAUAUCCUGGACCAGCGGCUGCGGGCGCAGAACAUCCCCCCGGAUAAAGCUAAGAAAGUUAUGAAUGAUAUUAUCACCACCAUGUUUAAUAAGAAGUUUAUGGAAGAAUUGUUUAAGCCACAGGAGCUUUACUCCAAGAAAGCUCUCAGGACUGUGUUUGACCGUCUUGCCCAUGCUUCUAUCAUGAGACUAAACCAAGCAAGUAUGGACAAGCUUUAUGAUCUGAUGACUAUGGCCUUCAAGUACCAAGUUCUUCUGUGCCCUCGCCCCAAGGACAUCUUGUUAGUUACCUUUAACCACAUGGAUGCUAUCAAAGACUUUGUUCGGGACUCUCCAAGUAUUCUAAACCAAGUGGACGAGACUUUCAGACAACUUAUAGAUAUGUAUAACUGCCUGCCUGCUGGCGAGUUUCAGCUUAUUCGGCAAACUUUGCUUAUUUUCUUCCAGGACAUGCACAUCAGGGUCUCUAUUUUCUUAAAAGAUAAAGUCCAAAACUCCAAUGGGCGUUUUGUGCUCCCUACAUCUGGUCCUGUCCCUUGGGGCACAGAAGUGCCAGGGCUUAUUAGGAUUUUCAAUUAUAAAGGAGAGGAGGUGAAAGGAAUGGAGUUCCAGAAUGGUGGAAAUUAUGUCAGCCCAUUGCGGGAAGGGUCUUAUGAUCUUUUUGGUGACAGAGUGCUUAAGCUGGGGACAAAUAUGUACAGUGUCAGUCGCUCUGUGGAGACUCACAUGUCUGGGACAUUGAAAAGCUCCGCAUCGCACACCAAGGAGAAUGUUGUGCCAAAUCCUCUGGCUAAAGAAGAGUUGAAUCUCCUGGCACAGCUAAUGGGUGGUCUGGAGCUGAAGAAACCCUCUAGUACUGAUCAUAGCUUCCGAUUAAACCUAUUCACUAAUGAUGAAGAAGAGGAACAUGCAGCACUCACAAGACCAGAAGAGCUUUCGUAUAAAGUCAUCAGCAUUCAAGCUAGUAACGACCAGGAGAGAAAUAAGGAACUUUCUCGCAUCAUGGGCGAGUUCCGGUCUGAGGAGACCCACGUUCAGAGUACCAGUAAAGGAGAUGAUCUUCUAGCGCUAAUGGAUGGACUGUGAUGAUGUCUCUGUCGUGAAAAAAAAUGCACAGACAUGGCUUAUGUGUUGAUAAAAUAUGUAUAAAUUCCUGUAAAUAUCUGUAUAAUAUAUGAAUUCUGAUGUUAAAGUUUAUAGAAAAAAAAGAAUAUUUUAUGGAAUAAUGGGUGAUAUUCAAUGCUGGGGGGGUGCGAGCUGAAAUGUAGAUGCCAGCAGCCAUCGUGCCCAACUGGAGCUACAAUUGAAUACCUCCGUUUGGGCGCCAUCUGGUGGCUGCUGGCAGAUAAACAUUUGAAUUCCACCCAAUGUGUCUAGUACUGUAAAUUAAUAUAGGUAUUAGUAAUACCCUCUGAGAUCUGUCUACUGUAUAAAAGCAUAUGGUGAUAGAGGUCCUCCAUGAUUUAAAUCCUUUUAAUUUACAGUGGAGGAUACAUUAUCCCAUAUAUAGGUACAGAAACGUGUAAUGCAUUAAGUGGGCAGCUUGUAUGAGUGACAGGUCACAUUUUAUAUAUUAUUGAUAUGUAUGUCGAUCAAUAGAGUCUAUCCAUAUACAAGACACCAUUCCUUUCUUACGACUUCUCAUAAAGUCUUCUGUACCAGAAA